AUGAGAAUAUGUGUAUAUGGUCUUUUUGAAGUAAAACCAAAUGUAAUAUUAGUUCAUGGUGAAGGAAUAGAUAACUUUUGGAAGAUUAUCAUAGAGGGAAAGAAUUGUACUGUGGAGAUACCUGCUGAAAGAUUUGACACAAAACGUUGGUUUGAUCAAGAUUAUAACUCGCCAGGCAAGAUAAUCACAAGCCGAGCAGCUCUUAUAGAAGGAUUUAAUGAAUUUGACAACAGACUAUUUGGAAUACAUAAUUCAGAGAGUGAAUCUAUGGAUCCACAACAGAAACUGCUGCUAGAGUGCACAUACAGGGCGUUUGAAAAUGCAGGAAUUCCAACAGAGAACAUCAGCGGAAGCAAAACAGGAGUCUUUAUUGGUGUAAUGAAUCAUGAUGCCGACUCAAUUUAUAAUAAUUAUGCAGAGGGUAUAAAUCAUUUCAGUGGCAGUGGAACAGCAGCAAGCAUAGCAGCAAACAGAAUAUCAUAUUGCUUCAAUCUAACUGGACCAUCUCUUGUGAUUGACACAGCCUGCUCCUCUUCUCUCGUCGCAUUACAUUAUGCCUGUCAAGCUAUUAAACAAGGAGACUGUGAGAUGGCUGUGUGUGGUGGAGUAAGCUGUAUAAUGGAGCCCCGGGUCUUUGUUGCUCUCAGCAAGGCUAAAAUGAUUUCUCCUGAAGGAAUUAGCAAACCAUUCUCACAAAAAGCAGAUGGCUAUGGAAGAGGCGAAGGAUGUGGCAUUGUUUUACUUAUGCCCCUGAGAAAGGUAUUAGAACAUUUUUGUAGGGUGUGGGGAGUUAUUUGUGCCAGUGCUGUAAAUCAAGAUGGGCGAUCAGUGACUCCUAUCACAAAACCUUCACAAAACCAACAAGAAAUUCUAUUGCAGAGCAUCUACAGGACAAUUGACCCAUCUGCUGUGCAGUAUGUAGAAGCACAUGGUACUGGAACAUCAGUAGGAGAUCCAGUCGAAGCAGCCAGCAUUGGAAACAUAAUUGGGAAAAAUCGCUCCAGUGAAUUAAUGCCUUUAAAGAUUGGGUCAGUUAAAGGAAAUAUUGGACACACAGAAUCAGCGGCUGGAAUUGCUGGAUUAAUUAAAGUUCUCCUAAUGAUGCACCAUAAAGUUAUUCCUCCAUCCUUACAUUAUACCAAGGAAUUAAGUAUAAUCAAAUUGGAAGAAUUCAAAUUCACAAUUCCAGUGUAUUCUAAAACAUGGGAGGACCCAGGACAUUUUGGCAGGAUGGCAGGAUUAAAUAGCUUUGGUUUUGGUGGAACUAAUGCUCAUGUUGUCCUUAAGCAGCACAAACACAAAUAUUCUCAUUGUAGUUCAAAACGACCAGCUGAAGUAUUUAUAAUAUCUGCAUUUUCCAGUAAAUCACUUAAACUAGUUAUUGCAGACACAAUAGAAAGGUUAAACAAAAUUACAUCUUUAUCAUUUCAAAAUGUAGUUUACACAUCUGCUUGCAGAAGAAGUCACAGUAACUACAAAUACAGAAAAGCAUUUUUAACUACUUCACUUACACAUUUACAGCAACAGCUUGCAUCAUCAGCCAACACUGAAAUAGCCCCAAUUAAAGAAAGCCCACGGAUACUCUUUGUAUUUUGUGGCAAUGGUGUUAAUUACAAGGGAAUGUGCAAGAUGUUAAUUGGUUCUGAACCAGUUUUUAGAAAUAAAUGUAUUGAGAUAGAUGAAAUUCUACAGGUUUAUACACCUCUUUCCAUUUUAGAUUUACUAGAGAGUGAAUAUGAUGAUUUCUCAAGACCAGAGAUUGCACAGCCAAUGCUCUUUACCAUUCAGGUCUCAUUAGUGACUCUGCUGAGACACUGGGGAGUGAAGCCAGACACUAUCAUAGGACAUUCAGUUGGGGAGGUUGCUGCAGCACACUGUGCAGGACUGCUUUCACUCCAGGAUGCUGUUAAGGUCAUUUAUUACAGAAGCAUGCUGCAAGCCAAAGUUACUGGAGGAAAAAUGCUUGUAGUGAGUAAUAUACCCGUGACUGAUAUAGCAAGAGUUAUUCAACCUUAUUCUGGAAAAAUCUGCAUUGCUGCUUACAACAGUCCUACGUCAUGCACACUUUCUGGUGAUGCAAAAUCAAUUGAACAAAUACACGAUCAACUAAUCCAAGCAAAUAACAAAGGGGAUACAUUUUUAUUACUGCAUCUGCUAGAUGUUCCUGCUGCAUAUCACAGCCACCUAAUGGACACAAUAUUAGAGGAGAUAAAAGAAAACUUGCAAAAUUUAGCUGUAAAAUAUAGGCAAACAGAUCUCAUUUCAACAGUAACUGGAAAAAUAGCUUCUCAAGGGGAAUUUACAACUGGUGAAUAUUGGGCCAGAAAUAUCCGUGAACCUGUUGCUUUUGAACAAGCUUUAAGAACUUCAGAAAAAUCUAAAGAAAAUGCCUUUUUUAUUGAAAUAGGACCCAGGAGAGCAUUACAGAGAUACAUAAAAGAUGUUCUUGGACAGCAUAAUGUAGUUUUACCUGUUGUACAUCAAAGUGCUGAAUAUGAGACACUUUUUACCCUGAUUAAAACACUGUUUACAGAAGGAUACAAUCCUGACUGGAAUAAUAUCUAUGAAGCCUACAAAUCUGCCCCAGCUGAUAUUCUCCAAUAUCACUUUGACCACAAAAAGCAAGAAAUCAACUAUGAGACAUUUCGGCAAGGAAACCAAAGUGUAGCAAUUACACACUCACUGCUGCAAGGUGUAAAUGAAGACAUGACUGAAUUCACCUGCUCUGUUUCUGAAGCAACAACUCCCUACAUAUAUGAUCACAAAAAUAAUGGAUCUGUAAUAGUUCCAGGUUCAUUUUAUGUAGAGCUUGGUUUGGCAGCUUCAAUAAUCAACAUGAAACCAAAAAUUCAUUUAAGUUCCCUUGAAAUCAGCAUUGAAUUUUCCAGUCCAUGUGUUGUUAGCCAAAAAUCAAUUGAUCUUAAAAUUAAGAUAGAGAAAAACAAUAAUUUAACUCAUUUUGAAAUCUUGACCUCACAUGUUUUUGCCCAAGGCCGGGUGCAAAAGAAAAAUGGAAAUUUACAUGAAUUAAAAACUAUAUCUCUUCAGCACAUCUUCCAAAGGUGUAAAUUAGUUUACAAAAAGGAUGAGAUUUAUGAUGAAUUGUCAAGGUUUGGAUUUCAGUAUGGGGAUGUUUACAAACAACUGUCUGACAUUCAUUAUAGCAGAGACUUAAAUGAAGGAAUUACUGAAAUGAAACUGAGUGAAGAGAUUAGGGAAGAAAUGCAUGAAUACUCCAUACAUCCUGUUGUUUUAGACUGCUUUCUUCAGAUGAUUGCUUGCCUUGCUAAAGAAAAUAAAGGGUCAGUUAUCUUUCCUUCUGCCAUUGGCAGUCUCACAAUAAUCAGACCACUUCAAGAAAAAAUGUUUGCUUAUGCAAAGCAAGUAAACAAAACGGAAAAUUAUUUGGAACUCUGUGGUUGUUUUACAGAUGAAAACGGUUUUGUGUUAGCAGAAAUAAAAAAUGCUAGACUCACAUUUGUAAGGGAACAAUCUCCUAAAACUGCAAAUGUGUUUUUUCAAAACAGCUGGAAAAGAGCUUUAGAACCAGCCAGCAUGAAUAAACCAGAACAGGAACCUAAAAUCCUAGUUUUUGCUGAUCUAUCCGGUAUAGGACAACAAUUACAAAAACAUAUCAAUGGCUUGAAUUUUAUUUUUCAUAACAACUGGGAUUCUGAUGAUACAAAACUGAAAACAGUUAAUAUUCUCACUAGUGAAUACAGCGAUGUGUUGUUCAUGUGGGGAAUUCAGAAAGUUCAGAAAGAAUUUAAACUUACCCUUACACAAUAUCUAGCAAAGUGUUGUGAGGUUUAUCAGCAAGUGAUCCUAGCUGUGAGGGAGAAAAAUCCCAAAGCUUCUAUAAGAACAGUCACCUUUCGAACAACUGAGAACACUGUGGAUAAUAUUAACCCUGGAUUUGUUUUUGUAGGCAUGACCAGAGCUUGUGUAACUGAAAUGACUGAUAUGUCAUUCCAACUGAUUGACAUUAGCUCUUCAAGCCCUAACACUCUGGAAUCACUGGCCAAGGUAAUUCAGCAUUAUAAACCAAGUGAGUUUCCAGAAAUAAGGAUACAUGAAGGUGACAUUUAUGAAAGUGAAAUUUCACACAGUACAAAUGAUGUUGAAGAUUUCAGAAAAUAUGCAGUGUCUUUAAAAAGGACGGAUAAUUUUACUUUAUUUAGUGAAGAUCCCUACAAGUUAGCAGAACUUUCUGCUGAGGUAACCGAUUCUAAAAUUACAGAGCUUACAAACAAAAAUGUGGAGGUAGAAAUUGAUGAGAUAUCCAUCCAUACUGAAGACUACUUUCCUGUUAGUCUCUCCAGUUACCAAUAUGCAAACACUUUGUACUGGAAAACGUUGACUAAUUGUAAACACAAACUUCUUGCUCUGGACUUUACUGCUACUAUAAAAGCAGUUGGUAAGGAUGUCAGAAAACUUAGAGUGGGUGAUCAUAUUGUUUCAUGUUAUCCCAUUGUUGCAUCUUCCAGAGUUUUUCUCCCAGAGAAUGUUUGCUAUCCUCUCAAGAAAGUCCCAACUUUACAGAAUAUGCCCUGCAUUUCACAUUUAAUUUUAGCAUGGGAAGUUUUACAUCAGCUACCAAAGGCAAAAAAUAAACCUAAAUUGUCAAUUGUAACUUCUGAAACUCAGUCAAUCUUAUGUCAAAUUAUAAGCAAGACUGUUAAGGGAAGGGGAUGGGAGCUAACAGAAUAUGCAGAUAGAUGUACAAAUGUCAAACAAUGCAGUGCAAUGAUUAUUCUCCCUCCAACAGAUGUAAUUUUUGAAGAGGAUUUGUCUCAUUUGCUCAUGCUUAAAGAUUUAGUCAUAAUAUGUGACAGAAAAAAUCUAUAUGGGUUUCAAAAUCUUGCAGAAAUUUGCAGAGGGGAUGUUCAUAUCCAUGUCCUCAAUCCUAAUGCAAUUUUCCAGAAAGCACACAUUAAAGACACUGCAAAAUAUAUAUAUAAAUGGAUAAAAUCAAUGCAUGCAGAAUUGUUUCAAAGUGUGCAUUGCUCUGUACUCACUGAAAGAAUAAACCACAUGGCUGUCACUGACAAGAGCUAUUUCACAGAGAAAUGUUUACCCCUCUUUGAACUGGAUAAAAAUAAAAUACCAAAUGUUCAACUGCCUAUGACUCAACAAACCCUUUUCCAACAAGAUGCUGUAUACAUCAUAUCAGGUGGUCUGGGUGGUCUAGGCUUUGAAACAGUUAAGUUUAUUCUACAACAUGGUGGACAAAACAUUGUCACUCUGUCUAGAAGAAAACCAAACCCUGAAAUGGGAAAAGAACUACAAAGGAUCUUGAAUGAACAGAAGAACAGAAGAAUAAUCCCAUUGCAAUGCAAUGUAACCAACAAUUCAGAUGUGAUGAGAGCCAUGCAUUACAUUUUUAAAAUCUUUCCCAAAACUCCAAUCAAAGGUCUUUUCCACAGUGCUGUAGUUUUACAUGAUGAAAUUCUUCCUCAUCUUAAUCAGUCACUCUACGAGAAAGUGCUGAGCCCAAAGGUUGAGGGGACUGUCAAUCUUCACCACGCUACACUCAACAUGGACCUUGAUUAUUUUGUAUGUUUCUCAUCAAUUUCCUCAUUUUUGGGAAAUCCAGCGCAAGCAAAUUAUGCUGCUGCCAACUCAUUUCUUGACCUAUUCUGCCAAUACAGAAGAAAUCUAGGGCUUUCAGGGCAUUCUAUCAGUUGGAGUGCUCUAAACUUAGGAUUGUUGCGCAAUCGACACAAUGUUCAAGAGUUGUUGCAGGCCAGAGGAAUACUUGUGUUACAAACACAAGAAGUGCAUGAAUAUUUGGAAAAGAGCUUAAUGAUAAAUAAACCCCAUCAAGUAAUUGCAAGGUUUGAUUUUAAAAUCAUUGAUACUAAGAGUUUAACACUGAAAAAGAGGUUCUAUAAUAUAGUAGCUAAAGAAACGAGAAGACUGAAUGAAACAGUUGUAGCCUCUAGUAAAAAACCUACUAUUAAAGCAGAAGAUUAUAUUAUGUCACUAGUAAGUGAACUCUCAGGUGUCAGCUUAAAUGAAAUUUCAAUGAAUGACUUGCUAACAUCAUUGGGAUUUGAUUCCAUGCUCAGCAUGACAAUACAGAAUCGUAUCUUUAAAGAGAAAGAAAUAAAUAUUCCUCCUGUUAAACUGCUUGAUCCAAGCACAUCUGUAUCAAUGCUUGUCUCAAUGAUCAAAGAAAAUUCAUGUGACACAAAAGAAGAUUUUACUGACACAAUACUGGAAGCCACAAGACUUUAG